UUCAGAGAUACAUACAAAGCCUGAAUUUUUCAACCACCUUUGACAAUUGUCUUUGAGUAGAACAACAGCUCCUUGUGGAUGUCUCAUCUGUUCUUCUCUGGCACAUCGAGACGGACGCCCCGUUGUGGAGGAGCGGAGACAGCUCAGGAUCUCAGGAUGCCAGAGCCAGUGAAGAAAACAGCCCCUUCUGAAGCCACUGCUGAAGCCCCUGGGAAACCCCCUGUAGACGCACCUGCAGCAACUCCUGGCGAGACACCUGCCGAGACACCUGCAGAAGCACCUAUGCAGCCGAGUGCAGAGACAGAGACCACUGCUGCCCCCGCAGAUGGAUCGCAGAAAGAUGAGACCGCUGCUGCCACAACUGAAGAUGGACAGGCUUCGGACACAAGGCAGGACCUGACUGGCCUCUUCACUGAGAAACCGCAGUCUGGAGAGGUCACUGUGGGAGGAAAUAUCACGUUUGUGGCCAAAGUGAACGCAACAUCUCUGCUGAAGAAACCCACAAUCAAAUGGUUCAAGGGAAAGUGGAUGGACCUCGCCAGCAAAUCAGGAAAACAUUUGCAGCUCAAGGAGACCUACGAUCGCAACAGUAAAAUUUAUACAUUUGAGAUGCAAAUUAUUGCAGCCAAGGCUAACUAUGCUGGAGGUUACAGAUGUGAAGUUUCAUCCCGAGACAAGUUUGAUAGCUGUAACUUUGACCUGACUGUGCAUGAGGCUAAUGUAUCUGAUGGUCUGGACAUAAGAGCAGCCUUCAGGCGAACUAGCUGCGAUGGAAAAGAAGACUCGGGAGAGCUGGACUUUAGCGCUUUGUUAAAGAAAAGGUCUGUGCAGGUGCACACAGAGCCAGAUGUGGACAUUUGGGAAAUCCUCAAAAAUUCUCCUCCCUCCGAAUACGAGAAGAUUGCUUUUAAGUACGGCAUUACUGACCUCCGAGGAUUGCUCAAGAGACUGAAGAAGAUGAAAAAGAAGGAGGAGAAGAGAAGCGAAGCAUUUCUCAAGAAGUUGGAUCCUGCCUAUCAAGUGACAAAGGGACACAAAAUUAAACUAGCUGUUGAAGUUGCCAAUGCAGAUGUAGAUGUGAAAUGGCUGAAAAACGGACAAGAAAUUCAACCCACUGGAAGCAAGUACAUUUUUGAGAGCGUAGGCAACAUGCGCUACCUCACCAUCAACCACUGCUCGCUGGCCGAUGACGCCGCCUACAGCUGUGUGGUGGGAGACGAGAAGUGCACCACAGAGCUCUUUGUCAAAGAACCCCCUGUUACAAUUGUGAAGAAUCUGGAGGAUCAGAUGGUGAUGAAGGGUGAUCGAGUGGAGCUGGAGUGUGUAGUGUCUGAGGAAGGAGCCAAUGUCAAAUGGGAGAAGGAUGGUGUGGAACUGACCAGAGACGAGUCGUUCAAGUAUCGCUUCAAGAAGGACGGCUGUAAACACGUCCUGAUAAUAAAUGAAGCCUCAAAAGAAGACUGUGGCCUUUAUAAGGUUAAGACGAACGGUGGCGAGUCUGUGGCAGAGCUCAUAGUUCAGGAGAAGGAGCUGGAGGUAUACCAGAGCAUUGCGGACCUGACAGUGAAGGCAAAAGACCAGGCUGUUUUUAAAUGUGAAGUUUCAGAUGAAACUGUUAAAGGAACCUGGUUCAAAAAUGGUGUGGAGGUCAAACCUGAUGAAAGAAUUAACAUAUCUCAUAUUGGCAGAAUCCAUAAACUCACCAUUGACGAUGUGAAGCCUGAAGAUGAGGGAGACUAUACAUUUGUGCCAGAUGGUCACGCCUUCAACCUAUCAGCCAAAUUGAACUUCCUUGAGGUGAAGAUUGAUUAUGUGCCACGCCAAGAUCCUCCCAAGAUCCACUUAGACACAACGGGGCGCACUUCUGACUCCACCAUCAUAGUCGUGGCUGGAAACAAACUGAGACUAGACGUGCCCAUCACAGGAGACCCCGCGCCGACCGUCAUCUGGACCAAGGGGGAAAAGGUUCUAACUGAGGAAGAUGGCCGGGUUCAUGUUGAGACCACCAAAGGCCACUGCAUCUUCACCAUUGAAGGAGCUGAGAGGCAGGACGAGGGCAUGUACUCUGUGGUGGUCCGAAACCCAGCAGGAGAGGACACAGCAGAUGUACAUGUCAAAGUCGUUGAUGUACCGGAUCCACCUCAGGCUCCCAGAAUCCUUAGUGUUGGAGAAGACUCUUGUGUUGUUCAGUGGGAUCCCCCAGCUUUUGAUGGCGGACAGCCAGUCAUUGGUUAUGUGUUGGAGAGAAAGAAGACCAAGAGCUACAGAUGGAUGCGACUGAACUUUGACCCUUACCCUGACACGACCUACGAGGCCAAGCGGAUGAUUGAAGGAGUGAUGUAUGAGAUGAGAGUGUAUGCUGUCAAUAGCAUCGGCAUGUCCCGCCAUAGCCCUGCCUCACAACCAUUUGUACCUGUGGCACCGACCAGUGAGCCCGUGGGCCUGACUGUGGAUGAUAUCAAUGACACCUCCAUCACUCUGAAGUGGCGCCCGCCCGAGAGGAUCGGAGCGGCUGAACUGGAGGGGUACAGGGUCGAGUACUGCAAGGAGGGCACUGAUGAGUGGGUCCCAGCCAAUGAGGAUCUGACAGACAGGACGUCCCUCGUCGUCAGGGGUCUAACCACUGGAGACAAGCUGCAGUUUCGAGUGCGGGCAUACAACAUGGCAGGUCCCAGUGCCCCUGCCACUCUGGCUCAACCUGUCACCAUCAGGGAGAUAAUGCAGCGACCAAAGAUCUGGCUUCCUAGAAGUCUCCGCCAGACUCUAAUCAAGAAAGUUGGAGAAUGUGUCAAUCUUGUGAUACCGUUUCAGGGCAAACCCAGGCCAGUGGUUACAUGGACAAAAGAUGGAGAGCCGUUGACUUCGUCAAUGGCCAAUGUCAGAAACAGUGACACAGACACCAUCUUCUUCAUUCGUCACACAGAGAUGAAACACUCAGGCAAAUAUGAACUCCACGUGCAGAUUGAAAAUGUGGAGGAUAAAGCCUCAGUCACGCUACAGAUUGUGGACCUCCCUGGACCUCCUGAAGCCGUGAAGAUUGUGGAUGUCUGGGGUUUUAAUGCUGCUCUGGAGUGGAAGCCGCCGAAAGAUAACGGCAACUGUGAAAUAACUGGCUACACCAUUCAGAAAGCAGACAAAAAGACAAUGGAGUGGUUCACUGUGUAUGAACAGUACAGACGGACUCACUGUGUAGCGUCAGACCUGAUUAUGGGAAAUGAAUACAUCUUUCGUGUCUAUGCUGCCAACCUCGUGGGCCUGAGCCUUGAACCGUGCAACACAAAGGACAGCGUUUAUAUCCAGAAAACAGGUAUUGAGUACAAGCCGCCCAACUACAAGGAUCAUGACUUCACAGAGGCCCCGAAGUUCACUCAUCCUUUGGUGAAUCGCUCCGUUAUUGCAGGAUACAACGCCACGCUCAGCUGUGCAGUGAGGGGCAUACCAAAGCCUAAAGUCACCUGGUACAAGAACAAGAUGGACAUCUCAAAUGAGGCCAAAUACAGGAUGCUCUGUAAACAAGGCAUCCUGACCCUGGAGAUCCGAAAGCCCUGCCCCUUUGACGGAGGAGUUUACAUGUGCAAAGCAGUCAAUGAGUGUGGGGAGGACAUAGUGGAGUGCAAAUUGGAAGUGCGCUCUCAAAUCGCCAAAGAGGACGCUAAGAAAAAAGAAACUGCAGCCUGAGGCCCCCCUGCAUGCUGUCACUGUGGACUCCAUGUUUAUUGUUCAUCUGUGAUUAGCUCUUGCCAAAAUGUAUGUCUUUUGUGUUUUGUGAGAUGCGUGCAAUAUUCAGUCAUAUUUUUGUGUAAAUUAUCAUAAUUCACAAUCACAGGCUCUUCCCCUCUGGACAAUUUGUCAUUAAUUUAACAGUAUGAAGCUAUGUAAAAUGUUAUAACAUAUCAAAUUGACUCUGUCUUCAUUCAUGUGUAAUAAAUGGGGAUAUCAUCUCUCCAACACAAAAA